UGUGAGAGCUUUUCCUUUUCCAGCUGCUCGAUUUCGAAGCAUGCACGCUUGAUAAGAAGGCGAGAUCGAGAGGCUCUGACAUGUCCCACAGUGGCCCCUGUGUGGCCCCUGAGCCCUGAUCCGACAUUCCCUCCGCACCAGCGGGCAUCAUGGCGGAGAGAUUCCCUGGCCGAGAAGGCCAUGUCGGAGGGUUUCGCUCGUCUUAGGUACAAGGACACAUCGCUGCUCAUUUGGCAGCAGCAGCAGCAGGAGCUGGAGAGAACCCCGACCAACUACCUGCAGCGCAGCCGCAGCACCUGGUACAGUCAGUACGGCAACCAGGCGGUGGUAGUGCGGGACAAAAACACAGUCCGGCAGCCUGACAGCGGUUCCCGCAUCUGUUCUGUUAUGUAACAGCAGUCCUGAUGUGCACAGAGACCGAUAUUCAUUCAUAUCGCGGUUCCUGACUGAUAGGAAUAUAUAGAUAGAUAGAUAGAUAGAUAGAUAGAUAGAUAGAUAGAUAGAUAGAUAGAUAGAUAGAUAGGCAUAUAUAUGCUUAUUUGCAGGGUGACAACAGUUCUGAGACUCUCAGCUGUCAUACAAAACAUUGGGUUUAAUAACUGGAAACACAAAAGCCUGAAAAUGUAUACCUAUUUAAAUUGUAUAAGUAUACAUUGUAAAAUAAAUGUAUAUACACACACACACACACACACACACACACACACACACACACACACACACACACAGGUGUAUAUAUACACAUGUAUUCAGUAUUUUCACAACCACAACAUGCACAAAAAAGCAACUAAUAACUCAUCAGACACAGCUUUGUUUUGUUUGUUUUUUUACUUGUGGUUUAUUUACAAAUAAAAUAAAAUAAUAAAAAAAAAAAAAUCCAAGGGGCCCACAGUCCAAUUUAGGAAUCAGUUUAGUUUCUGCACCAGUCUGUUUCCCAGCAGCUCGAACCCUGCUUUAACUGGCAUCUCGUAACGUUCAGCUCGACUAAUAUUUAUCGCUUUUACUUCCAGAGUGGCUCGUACAUGUUAUAAACAGUUUUGAGAGAAAAAAAAAAAAAACAAAAUAUACUGUAAAUUAACAUGCAAUACACAAAAGGAUUUCACUCAUAAAAAAAAGAACUAAAAUAUAACCUAUUUAUACCCAAAGCAUGAACUAAUAUUUGUGAAUAUACAUAUACAUAUGUUAUCAUAUAACUUAUAAAUUUAUAUUUAAGCCUUUUUAUGGUUGCUGACAUCUUUUAGAAAUCUUUUUUUUUUUUGUUUUGUUUAGUGGAAGAGAGAAAAGGAACACACUCAGAGCACUAUGACAGGGAGGGAAAAAAGUUCUGAAGACCUGAAGAAAUUCACUUCCUGUGUCUUGGUAUCAGUGUUUCAACAUCUGAGCUGCGAAAAGGAAAAAAACAUGGCUCUUUCCUGAACAGUUUCAUUAAUUGUGUGU